AGCCCUCCAGAGCUGCAUCUGGGAAGACUCGCCUGCCUCCAGCAUGAGUUCUGAAUGUGAUGUUGGAAGCUCUAAAGCUGUGGUGAAUGGCUUGGCAUCUGGCAACCAUGGACCAGACAAAGCCGACCCUUUCCGUGCUCGCUCUAUAUCUGCUGUUAAAAUAAUUCCCGUGAAGACAGUGAAAAGCCCUUCAGGCCUAGUACUCCCUCCAGACAUGGACCCUACCAAAAUCUGCACUGGGAAAGGAACAGUGACUCUUCGGGCCUCGUCUUCCUACAGGGGAACCCCAAGCAGCAGCCCUGUGAGCCCCCAGGAAUCUCCGAAGCAUGAAAGCAAGUCAGGCCUGGAGCCAGAGGACCCUUCAGCAGAUGAAUGGAAACUUUCUUCCAGUGCAGAUACCAAUGGCAACGCCCAGCCCUCCCCACUUGCUGCCAAGGGCUAUAGAAGUGUGCAUCCCAGCCUUUCUGCUGACAAGCCCCAGGUUCUGUCUCCCCCAUGCCUUCCUUUCCCUCAAGAGGACCGCUUCGCAUGGCAGUCCCCCACUAUCCACCGCAACUACAAGGACUCCCUUUACAUGAGUUCACCAAAACCCUAUAUCCCACCCAGCACCCCCAGCCAACAGAACCCCUCACUGCCUACACCCACCUCUGUUCCCCUGGGAGCUAGGUUGGCUCCCCGAAAUGCAUCAUGUCCCCGUUCAUUACUUUUGGGGUCCAUGGGCCUUGAAGUGCCCUCCCAACCCCAGCAAUACUAUGUAGCCUCCCGAUUAGUAUACAGUAAGAAUGUGAGCUCUAACACACGUUGUGAGGCCACAGGGAAUAAACAGGUCAGCAGCUUAUAUGUCCCGUGUUUAUCCAAUAACAUUUGCCGGGCAUCAUCGGAAAACUACCCUCCUGUUGCACGUGACUCGGCCCCAGACACUCCCUCGGAGGCCGCAGGCACUCAGGCACCAGCUCCCUGCCUUGUCCCUGGCACAGCCACAGUUGGCACAGGAAAACCACCCCCUGCUCCUCCUCCUGACCCUCCCAAGCUAUUCUUUGACAACCGCAAAGAUGACGGUAACCGCGGUGAGAAUCACACACUGGGGACAUGGGCCUCGUUCCCAGAUGCAGUGAGGCCUCCCAGGCUAGGCCCCCAGGUUACCUCUGAUCCCGAAAACCAGAAGAACAAAGAAACUUACCUUUUGCAGCCGUGUUAUCCAGCCAAGGGUGCCACCUCCUCCAGCUCAGCCCCGUCUGAGGUAAUAGUUGUUCCUCUCUACCUGGUUAAUACUGACAGAGGGCAAGGGCAAGAAGGCACUGCCAGAACUCCAGCAUCUCUGGGGCCACUUGGCUGCGUCCACACUGUCCCGGCGACCACCCCUGCUGCCUCACCUCUGACCUUCCCGACACUCGAUGAUUUCAUUCCCCCUCACCUGCAGAGGCGGCCCCACCACAGCCAGCCAGCCAGUGCUUGUGGCUCCCUCUCCCCUGCUAGCCAGACGUCACCACCCUCACCACCACCUCCGCUGGUCCCUCCCGUCCCGGAGGACCUCCACAGAGGCCUGGAGCCUGACCUCCCGGGAGCUGUCUCAAGUACCGGCAGUCCUUUACUAAACGAAGUUUCUUCUUCCCACAUUGAAACCGAUUCCCAAGACUUCCCUCCAACAAGCAGACCUUCGUCUGCCUACCCCUCCACCACCAUCGUCAACCCUACCAUUGUGCUCCUGCAGCACAAUCGAGAGCAGCAAAAGCGACUCAGUAGUCUUUCAGAUCCUGCCUCAGAGAGAAGAGCGGGUGAGCAGGACCCAGUACCAACCCCAGCAGAACUCACUUCGCCCGGCAGGGCUUCUGAGAGAAGGGCAAAGGAUGCUAGCAGACGGGUGGUGAGGAGCACACAGGACCUGAGCGAUGUGUCUACAGAUGAAGUGGGCAUCCCACUCCGGAAUACCGAGCGAUCGAAAGACUGGUACAAAACUAUGUUUAAACAGAUCCACAAACUGAACAGAGAUGAUGAUUCUGAUGUCCAUUCCCCUCGAUAUUCCUUCUCUGACGACACAAAGUCUCCCCUUUCUGUGCCUCGCUCAAAAAGUGAGAUGAACUACAUCGAAGGGGAGAAAGUGGUUAAGAGGUCCGCCACACUCCCGCUCCCAGCCCGCUCCUCCUCACUCAAGUCCAGCCCGGAAAGAAACGACUGGGAGCCCCCAGAUAAGAAAGUGGAUACGAGAAAAUACCGAGCAGAGCCCAAAAGCAUUUACGAAUAUCAGCCGGGCAAGUCUUCGGUCCUGACCAAUGAGAAGAUGAGUCGGGAUAUAAGCCCAGAAGAGAUAGAUUUAAAGAAUGAACCUUGGUAUAAAUUCUUUUCGGAAUUGGAGUUUGGGAGACCGCCUCCCAAAAAGAUAUGGGACUAUACUCCUGGAGACUGCUCUAUCCUUCCUAGAGAGGAUAGAAAGACUAAUCUAGAGAAAGAUCUCAGCUUCUGCCAAGCAGAGUUAGAGGCAGAUUUAGAGAAAGUGGAGACCGUUAAUAAAUCACCCAGUGCAAACUCGCCACAGAGCUCAGCAGUCAGCCCGACUCCAGACAUUACGUCAGAGCCUCCUGGAUAUAUCUAUUCUUCCAACUUCCAUGCAGUGAAGAGAGAAUCGGACGGGACCCCCGGGGGUCUCGCUAGCUUGGAGAAUGAGAGGCAGAUCUAUAAGAGUGUCUUGGAAGGUGGCGACAUCCCUCUUCAGGGCCUCAGUGGGCUCAAGCGACCUUCCAGCUCAGCUUCCACUAAAGUGGAUCGUAAAGGCGGGAAUGCUCACAUGAUUUCUUCAUCAUCAGUUCAUAGCCGAACGUUUCACACUAGCAAUGCUUUAGGCCCUGGGUGUAAGCACAAGAAACCCCUGUCGGCUGCGAAAGCCUGCAUUUCGGAGAUCCUUCCUUCUAAAUUCAAACCCAGGCUCUCUGCUCCCAGCGCUCUUUUGCAGGAACAGAAGAGUGUCCUGUUACCCUCAGAGAAGGCUCAGAGCUGUGAGAACCUCUGUGUGUCUUUGAAUGAUUCCAAAAGAGGCCUCCCACUCCGGGUUGGGGGGAGCAUCGAGAACCUGCUCAUGCGCUCCCGGCGGGAUUACGAUAGCAAGUCCAGUAGUACCAUGAGCCUGCAGGAGUACGGCACCAGCUCCAGGAGGCCCUGCCCUCUCUCCAGAAAGGCUGGACUGCACUUCUCCAUGUUCUACCGGGACAUGCACCAGAUCAACCGAGCUGGCCUCUCCCUGGGCUCCAUCUCCUCCUCAAGUGUGCGAGAUCUUGCCUCCCACUUUGAAAGGAGCAGACUGACGUUAGCCAGGGGUGAGCUGGGCGCUAGCCAAGAGGGCUCAGAGCAUAUCCCCAAGCACACCGUGUCCUCCCGCAUCACGGCCUUUGAGCAGCUCAUUCAGCGGUCCCGGUCCAUGCCGUCCCUGGACUUCUCUGGCCGGCUGAGCAAGUCCCCGACCCCUGUGCUCUCUAGAAGCGGCCUGACCUCAGCUCGUUCAGCGGAAUCCCUCCUCGAGUCUACCAAGCUCCGUCCCAGAGAGAUGGACGGGAUGGACUCCGGAGGGGUCUAUGCGUCGCCCACGUGUAGCAAUAUGGCGGACCACGCCUUGAGCUUCCGGAGCCUUGUGCCCUCUGAGCCUCUUUCCAUCUGCUCAGAUGAGCUAGACCACUGCUCAAAUGUUUCUAACGACAGCAGGGAGGGCAGCGGGGGCAGUGUUCAUGGAGACUUCCCCAAACAUCGCCUCAACAAGUGCAAGGGCACCUGCCCGGCUUCAUACACCCGGUUCACCACUAUCCGCAAGCAUGAGCAGCAGUCGUCCAGGCAGUCAGACUGGCGCUCGGAUUCCAGGGGGGACAAGAACAGUCUCCUCAGAAACAUCCACCUGAUGAGUCCCCUCCCUUUUCGAUUGAAAAAGCCCCUCCAACAGCACCCCAGACAGCCUCCCCCCAGUGACUCCUCAGAGUCCCCUGCUGGCCAGAAAGCAGACCUUCCCUGCCACGACCCUCAGGACCAGCCCCACUCUGCGGGGAAACCCCUGGUCCCUGCUCGCCUGUCUUCCCGACAUACCAUGGCAAGGCUUAGCCACAACCUAGAACCCCCUCUGGACAGACCCGCAGGCCUGGAGGACUGCACAAGGGCCAUUAAUAACGGGAACCCUGUGCCCUACUCAGACCAUGGCUUGGACAGGAACAACAACCCACAAAGUGAACUGGCAGCGGCCCAUGGAGAUUCAGAGUCACCAAGACAUUUUAUACCAGCUGAUUACUUGGAGUCCACAGAAGAAUUUAUUCGGAGACGGCACGAUGAUAAAGAGAAACUUUUAGCGGACCAGAGACGACUUAAGCGCGAGCAAGAAGAGGCCGAUAUUGCAGCUCGCCGCCACACAGGUGUCAUCCCGACUCAUCAUCAGUUUAUCACUAAUGAGCGCUUUGGGGACCUCCUCAAUAUAGAUGAUACGGCCAAAAGGAAAUCUGGGUUAGAGAUGAGACCUGCUCGAGCCAAAUUUGACUUUAAAGCCCAGACCCUGAAGGAGCUGCCUCUGCAGAAGGGAGACGUUGUUUACAUCUACAGACAGAUUGACCAGAACUGGUAUGAAGGUGAACACCAUGGCCGGGUGGGAAUCUUCCCACGCACCUAUAUCGAGCUUCUUCCUCCAGCUGAGAAGGCUCAGCCCAGAAAGUUGGCACCCGUACAAGUUUUGGAAUAUGGAGAAGCCAUUGCGAAGUUUAACUUUAAUGGAGAUACACAAGUAGAAAUGUCUUUCCGAAAGGGGGAGAGGAUCACGCUGCUCCGACAGGUGGAUGAGAACUGGUACGAAGGGAGGAUUCCUGGGACAUCUCGCCAAGGCAUUUUCCCUAUCACCUAUGUAGAUGUGCUUAAGAGGCCAUUGGUGAAAACCCCUGUGGAUUACAUCGACCUGCCUUAUUCUUCUUCCCCAAGUCGCAGUGCCACUGUGAGCCCACAGUAUACUAGUCACAGCAAGCUCAUCAUGCCAGCCCCUUCAUCUCUACCCCACCCCCGCCGAGCCCUGUCCCCUGAGAUGCACGCCAUCACCUCCGAGUGGAUCUCUCUGACUGUCGGGGUCCCAGGCAGGCGUUCUCUGGCCAUGACACCACCCUUGCCUCCUCUGCCUGAGGCUUCUGUCUAUGACAUGGACCGCCUGGCCUUGUCAGCAAGGGCCCGUCCCUCCUUGCCUCUCAGCCUCCCCUAUUCAAGUUGGUCAGAUCACUCCACCCUGCGCCCAGUGGUCUCCCCGAUGGCCCUGCCUCCACCCCACAAAGCCUACUCACUGGCACCCAGUGUCCAGGCUCCUCUUCACGUCAAUGGAGAUGGUGGUAUUCACAUUCGCCAAGAUGGCUUCUCCCAGCCACCACCUGGGAACUCUGAUAGGGUCAUCUCAGAGCUUAGUGACGCCUUUAGCAGCCAGAGCAAGAGACAGCCCUGGCGAGAAGAUGGACCAUAUGACAGGAAAGCAGAGAGCGAGGCAGGUGAGAGAUACCCUGGUGGACCCAAGAUCUCUAAGAAGAGCUGCUUGAAACCUUCAGACGUGGUCAGGUGCCUGAGUUCUGAGCAGAGACUCUCAGAGUUCCACACUCCUGAGGACAGUCAGUCCUGCAAGCCCCUGGGUGGCCCUUUCCCAGCCUGGGAGACUGGGCCACCAGAGCUGCACAGAGCUGUCGAGGCUGACAGGAAGGCUGCUCAGAGUGGUGUGAGCCAGCCUUCUCAUCAUUCAUUGAGCGCAGGACCUGAUCUCACAGAAUCUGAAAAGAACUAUGUGGAAGCGGUUUGCAAUGAGAUCAUAAACAUUGCGGAGAAAUCUGUUCAUUACUGCAGCACUGUCUCUCAUCCCCUUGACUUCCAUCACAAGGUACCCCCUUCUGACAAUAAAUCAUCUUUAAUCAUUUCUCAGCAACCUCAAGCCCAGCAGCGAAGAGUCACCCCAGACAGGAGUCAGCCCUCACUGGAUUUGUGUAGCUACCAAGCGUUAUAUAGUUAUGUGCCACAGAACGAUGAUGAGUUGGAACUCCGAGAUGGAGAUAUUGUUGAUGUCAUGGAAAAAUGUGACGAUGGAUGGUUUGUUGGCACUUCGAGAAGGACGAGGCAGUUUGGUACUUUUCCAGGCAACUAUGUAAAACCUUUAUAUCUAUAAGAAGACUAAAAAGCACAGAGAUUAUUUUUUAUCGGAGGAUGAAGCAUCAUUCAUGAACUGGUCUCUUUAUUUAAGUACUGAGUCAGUAAGAAAACUAAUGCAGUUGGUAAAGAAAGAAUUCAAAGAAGGAACAGAGAAGUGUGUUUGAAACCCAUUGUGUAUCAGGGAUUAACUAUCUGCUGAAGACAUCUGUAUUUACAUGACUGCUUCUGGGAGCUGCUCUAGCCCCCGCUGCUUGGGGAAUCUGAUCUGGAGCAUGUCCAUGAGCAACAUUAGCCAAAAAAAAAAAAAAAAAAUGUGCCCAGUCUUUACCCACUCCCAUUUUAAAGAGGUCCCUUGGGGCUAGAUAAGUCAGUCCCCAUCCGUGUUCCACAGGUCAUAGCCUGAGCAUCACUGACAACUCCUGCCUCUGUUCCUGAGUAUCCCAGAGCCAGCAGACCUCAAGUGCUGCUAGAGGCUGGUCUGGUUUUGAAGUUUUCCUUCAGCACCAUGACUUGAUGAAGUCUAGGGGAAGAAAUGGUGGCAGACCAGGUGCCCUAGCACUCAGCCUUCUGGGUGAUAUUGCCUCUUACUGCCCUGAUACUCAGACAGAAAGCCAUGCCAUGUGUGUCCCGAGCUUGGGAGCAGGUGGCCUGGCAGAUGGGCUACAUUUGUGUCUCCACAUGAUUAAGCCACACCUUGGGGCUCUGGAAGUCACUUGGAGUGUGUUCUUCUCCUGGUCACUACCACUGGCUAGCCAGGGUUAGCUGUGCCUUUCUUCUCUGGCUUAGUAUGGGCUUGAUACACUUGAGCCCAUAGAAUACAGCCUGGUUUCCAGGAGCUCUCUUAGCAUGUAUAGAUGCAAGCUGGCUGCUUGGGCACCGUGAGUAAGAUACUCGCUCGCAGACCUAGGAGGGACUCUGCCUCCUGGGUUGUCCGUGGAGUCUGAACGCCACCCAGAAUAUUGUGUUCUCUGGUCCUUCCCCCUCCUCCUCUCCACCUCAGGCCAGGGUGUCCUGGUGCACAUGGUGAGGCCUCCAUUCAGAGCUCAGGUAUUGCUCACUGGCCUGGGUAUGAGGCAGCAAUCCUCCUUUUGGUGGCAGCUGUGAGUCUGUCUUCUGUGAGCCCCAGUUAUGAGGAGGGGGCCCUUUGACACCUGGGUAUCCCUAGUUGACAUGAAGAUAAGUGUGGCCCUGUUCCCAGAGCUGAGCCUGCCAGGGUCUCAGCUGAGUGGACAACAUAGGAGAAGCCAAUCUAGAGAGACCAUGAUACGUGCAGAGGGUGUGAGAGGAAGGGACGCAUUUCUCCUACGAGGGACUCUAGAAAGCAGUCAGGGUUCCCUCUCCCUUGGCUCACUUCUGAACAACCGGGGUGCUGGGAGACCCUUUGUCUGAGGGCAGUUUAUGUCUGGAAAUAUUGAGAUUUUUUUUCUUUUCCAGAUUCUGGUAUUCUUCUUCUACCCAAAAUUACAUGCACUAGGCCACAAAUACCAGGGAUUGUAGGUGAUAUGGGGUAUAUACUGAAACCCUGGCUCUCUGCAUAGAGUUCAGAAUCACCCCAACCACUAUACUGUCCCAAAGUCUGGAGUCUUUACAAGUCCAUUCUUCCGUGACCGCCUGCUGUCUUAGAUAGCAUGGGACCCUAACUCCCCCUGCCCCCCAACCACCACCAGUCAGCCACAAUUCUCCGAGGAGGCUCUCGGGGAAACUGCCACAGGUUGAUUCACACUGAAAUAUAAAUGGCUGAUGGGGAAAUAAAUGUGUUGCCUCUUCCCGGAGACAUCCUUUUUAACUGAGACAGAGCAGAGCCUUUAAUCCCAAGGGAAAAUGGUAGAAGCUUCCUGGGCAGAAAGACCCGGCGAGUCUAUGACCUGUUGCUUUGCAAGCUCAGCUUCCCCAGCCAGCUGCACUGCUUGCUUUUUUGACUUUGUCCCUCUCGAAGGGAACAUAGGACAAAUAAAUAAAAGUGCAUAUGUGCGUUUUUUUACUUUUCUGGAAUGCAGCCUUUGCUCUCUCCGAGAUGCCAGCCACGGCUAGUGCGAUUGUAUCUAAAUUUCCUGAGGGGUGUUUUUUGAUUAAGUAGGUAAUGUCAAACACCCCUUUAACUACAGCUAGAAAAUAAAACCAUUUUAUAAAGCCACCCUUGCAUCCCCUGCGAGCCUCACACAGAGCAUCUCUCCAAAUCCAGGUAUGCCAGCCACCUUGAAUAAAAUCUCUUCCGCUUCCGACGUAUGAAAAGCAAAAAUGAAAAGAGGGAAGGUUCCCAGUUACUCUUUUGUCUUCAGACAUUUAGUAAUAUAAAGUACCUAUUUUUAUGCUGAAAUGUUUAUACAGGUUUAUUAACAGCAAGCGCAACUAACUGGCGGCAUGCCGUGCAGCUCGUUUUGAUAUAUUAGCCAUGCUUGCAGAUAAAGGCAAGCCCCAAACUACUCACCUUUUGCAGUCUCUCUGGGAUCAGGAAAAGAAAAAGCAAUCACAUGUUUGAGAAGUGGGACUGUAAAUAUGUAAUGUAUAUUUAACUUUGUGUAGCCCAUGUACCUACCUUGUAUAGAAAAAUAAUUUUUAAAACCUGAGCAGAAAAGGAGUAAAAUGAGGGAGUCAUGAAGGGUCCCCCCCCACACUUUUAUUUAAAUGAAGGAAUUUCAAAUAAUUCACCUGCAGACUUUUAGCACAAAAAUAGUCCUUGGAAAUUGUUAACAUAUUCGGUUGUUCUUUGGGGAAGAGAAGACCACUAUAAUACCAUUUACUUUUCUUUUCGAGGUUCUAUUUAUCUGCAGUAGUAUUAAGUCAUAUUGCUGGAAUAGGUUACUACCCCCCCAAAAGAUAUUAUUGAGAAAAAAUAAAAAUGGUCUAUGUAACCUAUGAAAGUAUUGCAUUUAAAUUGCACACCAAGCGCAUGUACUACGCAGACACAGGUUUUUCUGUUCAUCUAAUUUUUUUCCUUAUUGCAGUGGAUUGAUUUGAUAGACAUGUUGAGUUACUACUUUGCUGUACAUAUUAUUUAAUAAACUUUAUUCGGAAUUGCGUGGCA